AAACCGAAAAUUAAUAACUUGUUUACAGAUUGCCGCGUGUUAAGGCAUAAAUAUCCUAAAAAUGAAGUAGUUCUUCUUGGUCACCUGCUCAAAAACAUCACUGUGAAAAUAGACAGCAUUUGCCUGACACAGUGCUUUAAAGAAGCAAAUUGCAUGUCCUUCAACCUUGGUCCUCUUGUGGACGGAAAUCAUGAGUGCGAGCUGAGCAAUUCGGAUCACGUGAUGCACCCCAAUGAUCUCGAGCAUCGCGCAGGAUUUGUCUACCAGUCAUUUGAGGUAAGCAGUACAGUUAAACUCCCCCUUCUUAUUACAGGGAAAACGGACGGGGAUUAGUCAUCGCUGACAGAAUUGACAGCCGAUGAGAGAGAUCAUUAGAACAUUACCGAACCUCAGGGGGAUCGGGUAAAUUUCAUUGUGACACAACCAGAAUACGCCGAAAAAUAGUUUUUCUAACUUCAAAAUUACGCUUUUGAGCAAGGUUUUAAAUGCAGACGCUUUGUCUCAUAAACUAAGAAAAAAUGGAAAAAUCCCAUACACGUCCUUGGGGUUCAUUUCAUUUCCAAAAGCUCGCGGAAAAUGACUGAAUGUCGGAGGAAAAUAAACUCUUCAAAGUUAAGAACUGAAGCCGCCACAACGCUGUCAGUCAACAAUAUUUCCGUUCCGAUGCAAACUGCGAAGAAAUUUUCCUUUUUCCGGAACAGCAAAAUAGACUUUUGUCGCUUUUGGACAUGGUAACAACUUGAUAACAACACUAGAAUUACAAGAACAAUUCCGUCUCUAGCUCUUGGAAAGAACCAAAGUGAUAACGAAUUAGCGAUUUCUAACUGUUCAAAACCCUUCAGUGUGUCAUUGUAGAUCAAUAAUGGUUUUGUAAUCGUUGAUUAGUUGCCGACAAGAAGUUGACAUGGAAUGUCGUCAAUCUCACGCCUUCCGUUCUACUCUUAAAUUAAUCUUUGCUUUGUAUCUCCUGACAGAAAACAUAACGUAAAAUUGAAAUUUCAGAAAUUAGGAGAUCUUUGUUUUCUUUUCCAUAAAUGAAAUUUUCAGGAAAUUGAAAAACUAUGACUUUUGUUCCUUCCGUGAUACCUUAAGCAAAAGACUAACAGAAUUUUAUGGAGGAAACCGCUCGCGGUGGCCUGGGUACUAAUAACAUGAUGACCGCUAACCGGAAACGGAGCCUAGCUAUGCAAUAUUACGACAUAGACUAAUUUCAAAAGCAGUCUCAUAUACUGCUUUGGUCCUUGAGUACGUGCUCUUCACUUGCCAAACGACUUUUCAAUCGAGCCUCUCUUGAGAAGACUACAACAAAACAAACACAAAAGAGAUGCACCUAUAUUUUUUACAUCGAAGGUGAUUUUUUCCUCCACAUGUCAUUGCAGAACGCUUGCCAAAGCCGUCCCUGUCCUGAUGAUACAGUUUGUCAAAACGGGUUUACAGAACAAGGAUAUCGCUGUAUGCGAGGUACUCUUGUCUCUAUUUCGGGAUAAGGGAAAAAAAUUUUUUAUCGUCUUGUCACAAACGUAGAACAAACACUGAGUUACCAUGAGUAAUGAACCUCAGACAUUAGGAUUCUACACUCCGAUGCGCUACCACGUGCACUGAGCUACAGAAACUCUCUCUAUGAUGAGAUGAGCCAGUAUCAGGUACAUAUGCGAUAUGUGUCAUGCACACUGCCAGGAUUAACAAUGUCGACUGCGCAUGCGUCUAGAUAGAGUACGAUUCCCCAUGGGAACUCAGAAAUGUUUUUUUCCCUCGCUCGUGAUGAGACGACUAAUCAUCUCUCCCUAAUUCUUUGCAGUACUCAAAAUUUAUCAUCUUUCUUAUUAUUUAUUGGAAUUUCUUUAUUUUUGUAUCUUUUAGCUAAAGUUAUGCAAGCAAGUUUUCUCCUCGUAGAUUUCCGUGGAAGGCGCACAUAAAAAAAAAACAUAACAAUUUUUUCAAAAACAUUUUGUAGUUUAGGCAACUUUUAACGGAUGUAAGUCGACUUUUGAACCGGGUUAUAGGGGAAUUCUUUCCCAAAAAGCUUAUAGCUGGCGUACAGAACUUAAAGGAAAAAUGUAAAUGCUUUGAUCAAUAUAGGUUUGCGUAUACGAAGCAAUAAUACAAAGUAUAUGCGACCUUUUACAGGCCUUCUUUCUUCUGUGACAAUUACACCUCAGACGAAAGUCACUAAGGAGGGAAGGGACGUGACAUUCAUAUGUAACGUCACAGGACAGUUUGGCGGUAAAGUCACGUGGGACAGGCUCCAAGGAAGUUUGUUAGAUUCGCGAAGCGUAAUUGACGCAGUGGCGCUAAACAUUUUAAACGUCAGCAAAAACGACAGCGGUUCCUAUGUGUGUACGGCCACAAGCAUUAUGGGAAGCAAUUCAUCAACUGCACGGCUUGAGGUGUAUUCGGGUCUUAAGUUUAUCAGCAGACUACCAUCCUCUGCACUUUUGUACAGCGGUCAGACGUGGAAGCUGUUUUGUUCCAUCUCAAGUGACUUGGCAGUCAACGUUUCGUGGAUGUUCAAUGGAACAUCAUCGUUUCCUCAAGGCGUGAUUUUUGACUCCUUCGACAAACUGAUUGUUUUAUCGGCCAAUUUCAGUCAUGAAGGAAAUUACAGUUGCAAUGCCAUUGAUAAGGUGGGGUACCUACAAGGCAAUGUCGUUGUUCGUGUCAAGUACCCUGAAACCUGCACCAAAGUGAGGGCAAACAUCAGUGACGUCAGUGGUAACUACGUCAUUGAUCCUGACGGCGAACUUGGCGAGGAUCCUUUUUCAGUUUAUUGUAACAUGACUGACAAAGGAGGUGUUGGAGUGGCAGUUGUCAGUCACGACAGCGAGAAAAAAACUCACAUGAAAGGAUUUGAGUUACCAGGGCACUAUACACGUAACGUACGCUACAUUGGUACCAGCCUCUCUCAAUUAGCGGCUUUGACACAAGCUUCAGAGAAGUGCGAGCAAUUCAUUAAAGUCGAAUGCCACGGAGCUACAAUAAAUGAUGCAUACUGGUUGUCACGAGAGGAUGAAAAAAUGAAGUACUGGGGAGGAGUUCCUCACGGGAAAGGGUGCGCAUGCGGACUGACAAACUCCUGUGACGCUCCAAAACGGCAUUGUAACUGUGCAAAGAAUGACUAUGUUUGGCGGAAGGACAGUGGUCUUCUUACUAACAGGAGUCACCUUCCAGUCAUUCAGCUGAGCUUUGGUGAUACGGGAGAUAGCUAUGAAGAAGUCUAUUAUACUCUGGGUAAACUGCUGUGCUAUACUUCUGCCGGAAUGACACCAAAGUGA